CGGCCACGUAGUUCCGCCGGCUCUAAAAUGGAUCCAGUUAGCGCCACUGUACCGGCUAGAGAAAGCGUUACAGGAAAAACGGCGGCGUGGCCCCUCUCAGGUUUCUCUCUGUUGUCACUAUCUCUCUUGCUCUCUGUUACUAUCUGAUGUGACGAGAAUUUGGUCGAAGAGAGAAACCUAAAGGAGAAUCUGAGAGUAAAAUAAUAAAUCGGCUCACGACUGAGAUAAUAGCGUAAUAAGGCAAAAUAGCAAAGGUAAAUUUUGCUGUCCACAUUUUAUAUUGAUAACAAGAGAUUUUGAGCUUUUACGUAUAAUAUAUACCAAGCCCAAACCUGCUACUAUUUUAAAGUAGUGUCUUUUCCGACAAAAUUUGAUAUUACGGAGAUACAAGGUGUGCAGAGCAACGUAUUGCUCGCAAAUAUAUACAUGUCAUAUGCAAUAUCGUACCACUCGUCUGGUGCCAUUACUUUAUUACAUUCUACAGAUUAACUUUUGAAGAAGAAACAUACAUUGUAUCACAAUGGUUAAUAUAUAUAUUAUGACUGCUAAGAAGACAUAUAUAGACUGACAAAGAUUAUUAUAAAGAUUUCAUACAAUUUUCAAAGAAAGAAAUUUAAAACAGUGUGACAUAUGUCCAAAUAUUAUAAAAAUGUCUUUGCAACAGUGGAUGCAUAUAAGAUAUAACAUUGAUAUACCAUGGAAAACAUUUGUCAGGGAAUCCUCCAAUGUACAAGAUAAAUCUCCAGAAAAAUGUAUUCAUCAAUUGGCCUUCCAAGGAAAUGAAGCAAAGGCUGCCUAUGAAGAAGUUAUUCAUCAAAUUAGUAAUAGCAAUAUUACGACAACAAGAUUAAAAUAUUUAAAAUCAAAAACUGUUGGAAACGGAAGCAACUCUGGCACAAAUCAAGUUUCCAUUAAUAUACAAUCAAGAAAGACUACAGUUCCUGAAGAUAUUCUAGCAAAAGUCACUAUCAAUACAUUGUUAAAAGCAGUAGAACAAAAGGAUUUAAAAUUCUUACAAAAACAUAUGACAUCAGAAAAUGUGAAUGUAUGCGACGACUUUGGUUGGACUCCAUUAAUGUCUGCUGCUUACUGCGGUCAUUUGGAAAUUGUACAGUUUUUGUUAAAUCUUGGGGCUAAUAGAAGAACUAGGGAUAGGUCUGGUCUUACUGCAGCCCAAUUAGCUUUGAAAAGAAAUUAUUUAAGUAUAGUUGCGCUAUUAAAAAAAAAAUCUGAAUUAAUGUGUAAUAAUAAUCAAUCAUUGAUAAACGUUCCGAAAGUAAAUAAUACAAAUGCUUUACCAAUAAAAGCAAUGUCUAUGGAAUCUUCAGAGCAUGAUAAAGAUGUUUGUAUUACACAAGAAAAGAUGAAAUUACAGCACAACCCAAUAUUUUACUGUGAUGUCUGUAAAGCAACCUUUCAAGAAACAACACCACAAAAACAUGAAAGCUCUACUUUGCACAUCUUUAACACAAAGCCAAAAUUAAAACACACAAUAUAUGGAAUAUCAAAACAAAAUAAAGGAUAUAGAAUGCUUUUGAAUUCUGGAUGGGAUGAAGAAGCUGGUCUUGGACCUUCUGGGAAAGGAAUGAAAUAUCCAAUUAAAACAUAUGUGAAAACGGAUCGCAAAGGAUUAGGACAACCAGUAGAAAGUGAAUAUAAAGUUACCCAUUUCAAACCAGAUGAUACAACUGCCAUUAGUAGCAUUAAAACACCUAAACAGAAACCUUUGAAAAAAAGGGACAGGGAAAGACUACUUCACAGAGAAGCCAGAAAAGAAAGAGCUCUACGUAUUAUGAUGAGUGAACAUCAAAGAUUAUUGGAACACUUAGAAAAAGUUGAAAAUAAGGCUGGCGAAAUUCUCACUGAUCGCAAAGAAAUAAUUGCUUUGGAUAAGAGAAGAAAUGAUGAUCGCAUUGGAAUAAGGGCACUACAAAAACAAAUACAUGAAAAAACGUGGAUAACAGUGGGUCCAUUGCUAUUAAAGAUGCCGUCUAAAGCAGCUGAAGAAUUACUCGAAAAAGAUCAGAGAGAAUCUAGUACUGCGAUUAAUAAGUUAAGAAGCGAUUUAAAGAUAAAAGUAAAUGAAUUACGUGACUUAGAAUUGACUCCACCAGUACCUGGAUUAAUGUUGGAACCUAUGUCCCAUAAUGAGAUGGAUGCAAUAAGACAAGUUCUAGGUCGCAGUGUUUGAUAUAUAUGCAAUAAAAUCUUUAUUUUGUUCAAGUAAGUACAGUCAAAGUAAACAUGUGAACCUAUUAUAUUUAAUUGUAAACAUUUAUAUAAAAUAUAAAGUAAUUUUUAUCAAAUAUUAA